AUGGCCGACACAGUCGAGCAAAUGCAAGAGCUCGUCCCUGCGACUAGCCAACUGGUUGCGAUUUUCCUCAAGGAUCCUCAGUUGCAGCAGCUAUUUCCUGAAGUAAUGGAAAAGCAGGCUGAUACGGAACACUUUGCUAGAUACUUUCCUCGCCUACUUAGAAUCUUUGGUGAUGAUCUUACGAUUGAAGCGCAGGAACAAGCGCAGAAGGUCGCAGCACGUUAUAUCAAAUCGGAAGCAUCUCAUGUCACUGGUUUGCUCCAAGAAAAAUACGGAGAUGGGAGCACGGUUUCGAAUCUCGGUGUUCAGGCGCAGGAGAUCACUUUAGAUAAUAGUGAUGAGGAGUUUCCGGAAGAAGAGGCUCUGGACGACCUCGAGCCGGUGAGGAAAUGGAUCAUCGAAAGCAUGGCUUUUAGCUGGUUACGCGAAGCCCUGAAAUCUUUUGUUCUGCGCCCAUCCUCUAUUGUUGUGGGCAAGAGUUCUGAAGGAACUAAUGCAAUUCAGGGCUCUGAGCAUAGUAGGAGCGGUCAGAAGGAAGUCGGACCUGGGGCCUUGCAAGAGCAAUACGAAGACGUUAUAGAUAUGAUUGAAGUUGCCCUAGGGAAGAGCGAGAACUAUGCCUGGCAUCCGCAAGUAGCAGUAGCUUUGGAUGAGACUCUAUUACGAUUGGAGAUUUGGGAAGAUGAGAUUACUUCUGAAGGGGAGCCGAAGUUAGAUGGGAUACUUCGAAUAGCUGGAAAGGAGUACCGCGAGCUCAGUAACACAGCAUGUGAGGCUCUUGCAAUCCUUCAAAAUCGAAUUACUGCAGUUCUUGGGUGGCAAGAGAGGUUUGCAGAAGCUCUAGAAGAAGAACCUCAUCUAAAUAUUUCGCGCAAAUCAUCUGCGACGAAGAUCAGCGCUGGUUUCACAGGUGCUCCUUUAAACAGCCCUACUCCUAACAACGCCAUUGUGUCUACUACACUAGUUCCCGUAAAGGAAUUAUUAAAUAACUUAGUAGAAGCUCUAAAAGACUUCGUCAAUUCGACAGAUUUCAUCGCAUCUUUGGUAGAGAGUAGAACCUUGUCACGGCGAAUUAUGAGCAUUCUGCCUGAUAAAGAGAAGGACUUACCGGGUUCGCAGCCGAGACAGAAAGCUGCCACACCUCGACUACCGACGACAAGAGAUACAGCAAGCGCGACCACACGACCAGGAGACUAUCUCCUCGCAGCAGCUCAUGAAGUCACCUGUAUCUCCCAUCAGAUUCGGAAGAGGAUUUAUCACCAUGCAGUAAGAAAAGAUGGCAACUCUGCCAAUGGCUCUGACACGAACUUGCUCUUUCCUUUUAGUAUCACAAGACGUAUUGUAACGGAAACAGUGCUACUGGAAGCGGUAUUAAUAUGUGGCUGUAUCCUUUGCGAGCAGUGUAACGGUAGUGCCGCAGUAUUUGACGAGGAGACUGUGAGAGCGAUUCUUGCGUCUUCAAAUCUGCAUACAACAAUUAUCAUCAUGGUUUCCAUGGGAGCAACCUUCGCCAUCCACUCAUUUCUGGAGAACGGUCUUCUCAACGAGAAUCAUGACAUCGGACAACUUGAAUACGUUCGCGCAAGCACUACCGCUCUAUUUCGGGACCUCAAAGCCGGACUAUUUCCAAAUGGGAGCGUAAAACCCCAGUUUAUGGCACUUUCGAAAUUCAAUACGAAGUCAAUUCUGCAACUUCAGGAUGAGCUAUGCGAAACGUAUAGGUACACAUCCAACUUGUUUAGACCACCAGAAAUGGGGAAGGGCAUGUGCGAUACACUGCCUAGGGAAGCAAACCUUCCCUUCAUCAAGGAGCGAGAUCUCGACGAGACCAGAAGCCACCUGUUGCAUAUCAAGAAGCUGGAGAUUCAUACUGAAUAUCUUGCCCGGAGAAUACAGAACGACAUAACAUACCAAGACAACAAGGAAUUUGUCAGAAAGAAGCUAUAUAUAAGGAAGGCCUCAGAUGUACAGAGCCGCCUCGCCGUACAAGACGAAUUAGAUCUCCUUCUUCUCCUGGCACGAGAAGAGAAUCAUCACCCCAAAAUCAUCAAAAUGUUUUUUGCAUUUAAAAUGUACGAGGGCGAAACCGAAAUCAUUAAUCUCAUCUUUCCCAAAUAUCCCGGCAGCCUCGAAGAAAUACUGGAUGAGAAUCUUCCAUUCGAGCCUCCAGGUUACUCGCCUGACUCUUCAGUAUUUCGAGGUUGCCCUAUCAAUCACUGGCUGUGGGGCGAGGUAGUUGAUUUGUUAGAGGGAGUACAGUUUCUGCACGAAAAGCUCAUUUGGCACAAUGAGUUUCAAUCUGCCGGUGAACGUGGCGGACGAGCCGUGAUAAUGGGCCACUUUGAUCUCAAGCCAGCGAACAUACUGAUCGAUCGUCAAGGACACCUCAUCAUCACCGAUUUUGGCCUAGCUCAGAUGAAGGCUUUGGAGAGUGGGAGCGCAAAAUCUACUGGUCUACAAAACAGAUCUGGGACUCUCAGCUACUCCGCACCCGAGUCCACUGCAACGGAUCGGGUUAGCCUUUCUAGGAGUUACGAUGUUUGGUCCAUGGCAUGUGUAAUUCUGGAGGUUGCAGUGUUCAUCCUCCCAGGGGCACUUUGGGAAUCUGCCAAGAAAGAAAAGCACAAACAAAUGCAACCGCUUCUAUCGUCCCCAUCCUUAAAGGGUGGGAAACUUGCUGUUGAAAAGUUUACGAUAGACCGAAUUGCUGAAGGCAGAGCUCACCACAAGGAACCCUGUUUCUGGAUGAUAGAUGGCAAAAGCAAAAUGCUGAAAACAUGUGUCAAAAGCAAAAUUAUCGUUCUGGAGAAUUCUGACGACCAUUACCUCUCGUCGGUGGGUGACACACUACAGGAAAUGUUUCGUAUAGACCCAAAAUCAUACCCUGGCCGCCCAACUGCCGAAGCGCGUGUUAGUGUCCAAAUCUGCCAUGGCUCCGGCAAUACCCUGCCGACUUCAGAUAAUCAACUGAGAGGAAGGAACUCUCCGGAUCCAGACAUAUGGUUUAUUUCAGAAGAGGAACUCAUCCCACUCAGAAUUUAUGGUAAACAAAACCCCAACACAAUGGAGGCUUGCAAAUUUCUGCAUUUACACCCUGGUAAAACCUUCAAGUUCGAGUCAGUCACAGAUUUCUACACGUUCCAAUCGGCACUUACUCGACAGCAGGUUCGUGGAAUAGCUGAAAACAUGACACAUCCACAGAAUCCGGUCGAUAGCCUCGCCAACUAUUGUAUUCCCAUCAAACAGUGUUGGUACCAGCCAUCUGGGAUUUUCAAGUUGAAUCCGAAGAAAAUUGUCGCGACGGGAGUGAUUCAGUUCUGGCAAGAAUUACCACCGAAAGCACACUUGCAAAAAUAUAUGUUGGAUACUCGCACUGGCGGAUCGCAACUAAGCUCAGGUUCCUCGACAGGCCAACCUCGUCUUGGGAUAUCUAGCCAGGCUCUCAAUGGAUCCCAAAGCCAAUUGAACAGAAAAUUAUCCACCUUUACCCACUCUUCUGCCCUAAAUACAAAAUCACGGGACGAAAAUUACCAAGAUGCAUGCCGACUUGCCAUACAGCUGGCGUCGCCUACUGGCACACUCAUUACAGUGGACUUGGCUCAAGGAGAUGCAUAUUUGGACGAACCCGAAUACAUUCAACGUGAAACGUCUUGCGGCCCGUGUAUUUUAUUUAGGGCUGCCUCCAGAAACUUUGAAAUUGGAUUAUUUGAAGAAGGCAUCAAAGAUAGUCCAAGGACAUACUCGGCCCUGAAGCCGCCUGGCAUACCUUUGGAUCCGAACGUCCUCCGAGAACGAGAAACUACGAAAGUCAAGUGGCUUGAAUUGGAAUUUGAGAAUAAAGAUGCACGAGCGUCAUUUGACAGACUUUACAAGAAGACAUUCGGUGGAUGA